AUGUCAUUGGCAUUGUCCAAUUUAACGAGCAACGGUGUCGAUGGCAACACAAUAACCACAAUGCAAUCAACAACACCAACAACCAUCACAAUCGGGCACGCAAAUACGAAUACAAAUACAAGCAAUACCAAUAUUGGCAACACUGAAUUGAAUGUUGGUGUCAUGCCGGCCAUUAUAAAUUUGAAUUUGAAUGGCAGCAUUGGCAUUGCACCCAUGAAUAGCAGUAAUAUCAGUGGCAAUGCAGUGACCGCAUUCGUCAAUGGGACUGGUAUCAUUGGUGGCAUUGGUAUUGCCAGCAAUGAUAACAACAACAAUAUGGAUAAUACAAGCGAAGAGUCCAAUCCGGUAACAAUUUACAGUAUAGGCAGCACAUCGAAUCCCGAUGCUAAGCGCCUUUACGACGAUCUUCUCAGCAACUAUAACAAAUUGGUUCGUCCCGUUGUCAAUGUGACAGACGCUCUGACAGUACGCAUCAAGCUGAAACUAUCGCAAUUGAUUGAUGUCAAUUUAAAGAAUCAAAUCAUGACAACCAAUUUGUGGGUGGAGCAAACCUGGUAUGAUUACAAACUCAAGUGGGAACCUAAAGAAUAUGGUGGCGUCGAAAUGUUACAUGUACCCUCUGAUCAUAUAUGGCGACCGGAUAUUGUGUUGUAUAAUAACGCCGAUGGCAACUUCGAAGUAACUUUAGCAACAAAAGCUACUCUCAACUAUACCGGAAGAGUUGAGUGGCGCCCACCAGCAAUAUACAAAAGCUCCUGCGAAAUUGAUGUAGAAUAUUUUCCAUUUGAUGAGCAAACAUGCGUUAUGAAGUUUGGUAGUUGGACUUAUGAUGGUUUCCAGAAAAGCACUAAUCUUUACUGUAACUGCGCGGUGUAA